GUCAGGCCUGUCGCGUCGUCUGCCAGGCAUGCCAUGCCUGUGGAUGACCGAACCUGCAAAAGCUGCACGGACAAAGAGGAUUCUCAAGACUCCACUCGGGAAGAGUCACCCAUAUGUACACUAAUUGCCUGCAUGAGUGUGUGAGACCUCUACAGAAUCACGGCACAAUUAGCAAAAUUAUUGAAUGAUAUUUUGACUAAUUAUGGUCCGAAUCAAAAACAGGUAUUUCCUGUGCGAGUUGGUCUUUGAGGAUGCGGUUAGACGAGCACUGAUGGUCGGCGUGCAGCAUCUGUACAGUGCCGUCAAAGAUGCUGUCAAGGAAGUCCACGGGGACUAUGGUGCUGCUGCCCUAGCCUGGGGAUUAAACGUGAAGUACCUGAACCCUCACACCGGUGUCAUGCUGAUUCGAGUCAGGCGUCAGAACCAGAAGAUUCUCAGUACGACGUUACCAUUUAUCAAAUCAGUGGCCGGCUACCCUGUGACCGUACGAACAUUACACAUAUCAGGCACCAUCCGAUGCUGCCAGAAAUUCCUGAUUAAAUACAACAGGCGGCAGCUAGUGGUCCUACUGAAGCAAUGCAAGACGAAAGAAGAGAGACAGCAGGUCAAGGAUUCAAUCCGCCGAUGCACCCUGAAGCCAGAGGAACAGGAGUUUGGGGAUGGUGCCUCAUCAGAGGACAUAGCAACCCAAUCGUGAGGCCGGCCAAUGCUGACUGUGAACCUUACAUUGUGCCAGUGUGCAUCGGUCAGGACACCCACACCAGUGUCAGACAAGGCAUCGUGUUGCCUCUGGCCCAUCAGCUGCUGUGUUCCUCAAUGAUUUGUGGGCGCAAGAUGUGUCCUCCACCGACCCCAAUGAGUUGGCCACACUGCAUGGAACAUCUCCCGUCCCAAAGACUAAACCCUGUGGCAGGUUCGGUAUUGGAGCAAGUGUCCAAGAUGAAAAAAGGCAGAACUUCAACCAGUACAGUAUGUAUAUUUAUAAAUAGCUCCCAUUUAUCUUCACUUUUUAUUUCAUUGCAACACCUCUUCACAGAGGCAGUGGUUUUCCAAGGCAGAUGGCAGAUUCUCAUUGUAGAGCCAAUGAUUUUCCAUUUCAAAAAUGGGUAUUUUCUGUUUUGCCAAAUCCCGAAUUAUGCUUCAGAAAUUCAAAUUUUGUUUCAUAAUAGUAAGCACGAAAUAGUCGAGCAAGUUUUAAACUAUGCAUGGUAACUAUCUGCCCAACCAUACUCCCCCAAAGAAAAAAGGAAGGAAAAGAAACAAAUAUUGUUUGAAAAUACUCUGCAAAGUUUCCAAUUUUUAAAAACAAUUAUAUGUUGUGAAAAUUUUAAAAAAUCCACACAAAUACGGAAUCCCCCUUGAUUUUUCAUCAGCACGACCGUUAAAACUUGCUACGAUUAAUCGACAAUUCAUGUGUUACUCCUGAGCCCUUUGUAUAAAAUCAGAUUACAUUUAAAUACAUGUAAAUAUACAGUGAAGUCAUAGAGUACGUCGUGCAUGCAACAAGCAUUGAUCGCAAUGUGUUAAUGCUGGACAUCAACCCGCUAUUUUAUUUGGCAGUGGUGCGACAAAAUUCAGAAAGUUAACAUUAAACCUGAGCCGGAAAACGUGUUUGUGACUGAAAACUUUACUCUUCACUGAACACUUCCAACGGCCCAUUCAGCCAUGGUACACCUAGCUUACUAGGUUUCGUCUAAUUCAAGAAAUAUGUAAUUAGUCUUCCGUUUCGCUGCCGCAGUUUCAUCAUUUCGCCAUGUGGUACUGGCCUUGUUUCAAGGCAUCAAUGUGGAUUCACAGACUGAAUUCCAAUGUGUGUGCCAUACCGUGCCACUGCGCUGUGCUGUGCUGGCUGCCGCGGCACGCUUGGGCUCACAUAAGCCAUAGUGCUUGCAGCUAUCAGUACAGGCACGGGAGGACCCACUCAUGUGGUGGAGUGGUGCAAUUCAGCAUGUUUCCAGCAUAAUUCAUUCAUUUUAAAAGGUUUUGGUUGGCAUUUGUUUGUAGCACUUUGCGGACAGUUUUCUUCACUGUUUAAGCCAUUCUUAGUGGGAAAUUUUGCGAGUUGUGUUUCAAGCAGUGGAUUCUGUUUCAAAGUGUUGAUUCUGCGAAUUCCGUCCGUUUUCCACGAUCGCAGAAAAUCAUUGGCUCUAUCAUUGUGUGACCGCUUCAUUCUUUGCCUGCUCACUUAAAAUGAAAGUUGAUGAACUUGGAAAAAGUUUUGAACCUUUUUCUGAAAUCAUUGGACUCAGGUAGAGACACUCUUUGGUGUGGUUUUUAAAAUGGUUGAGAUAUCCACGACUUGUAAUCAAAUGCUUUUGUAGUAUUUUUUACAAUGCUAUUAAAUGGAUAGUUUUUUGAAACAGAAAAAGGCAGAUCACAUUUUUACAGAAAGAAAGGGCAAAAGUUGUCACAACCACCUCCACAGUCAUUAUCAGUUGGAAUUUUGUUGAAUUUGCCACACUGACACACUCUGUAUAAAGAGAGAAUAGUGCCAACUUCAGACUUGGGAACCAAAAUGGCUGUUCAUUAUGUAUGUGGUACAGCAGGUACAUGUAUCUAUUGUGUACAUAUUAUCCAUGUGCACUGAGGUAUAAUCCACCAUUUUGGUUCCAGCAAGGGAGACGCUCUUGUCCCAGCUCUCUCUGUAAACAGCUCCGAGCACAGAGGCCCAUUUAAAACACAGGGGCUUUACAGUACAAUGUUGAAAAACAAGGCACAGCAUUCUGGCAAACUAGGGUGGUUGGGGCAUUAAUUAAACAAAUGCUAAUAA